AAUGCAAGAAUUAGUCGAGCUUAUAGAGCGGGUCGAAUAAGCGUGAAUCUGUUCGUUCGGGAUCACCAUGAGGUGGAAAAAAACGUGUUCAUCCGCGAUAGUGAUACUGUUCUGCAUAUGCGUUGGUGAUGCUUUCGAAAGUUUUCGUUUACCCAACACGACGGUGCCGACCCACUACGAUCUGUUUAUCGACACAGAAGUCCACAACGACGAACUGGACUACAACGGAACGGUGAAGAUUCACAUCAACGUUCUAGAAGACACCAAACAAAUCGUUUUACACAGUUCUCGGAGUACUUUGGUGAAUGUGCACUUGAAGAACAACAACCAACUACCCCUCAGGGUAAUAAAUCAUGACUUUGACAACGAAAGGGAAUUCCUCGUUGUGAAUACCGCAGAUGUGCUGACGGGUGGAUCCAAAGUGGUGCUGGAGGUAGACUUCCUCAAUAGUUUGAAUCGUACCGAUCGGUCCGGGUUCUACCGGACGUCCUACACCGACAGCAACGAUACGCUAAAGUACGCCGGGGUGACACAAUUCCAAGCAUGUGAAGCGCGCUCGGCUUUCCCAUGCUACGACGAACCGGGCAUCAAAGCCACUUUUGACGUGCGGAUCGCCUGCGGGGUGAAUUAUCAUGCCAGAUCGAAUGCCGAGAUCGCCAGCAUUGCCAUGCUUCCCGAACGCAAGAAACUUGUCACCUUCCGACGAACGCCUGCCAUGCAAACCUACUUGCUGGCCUUUCUGGUGUCCGACUAUGCUGUGAAACGAGACUUUGCCAAUUCCACGAAGAAAAUUACAGUUCAAUCGAUGUCUCGCCCCACCCGUGCUGAUCAGUUGUCCUACUCCCUGGAUGCGUCCAUUAAGCUAAUCGAUGAAUUGCAAACCUAUUUCGAUCAUCCGUACGAGAUGAACAAACUGGACAGCGUUGGCAUUCCGAAUACCGAUUUUUCCGCUGGCGCAAUGGAAAAUUGGGGCCUUGUUACGUACCUGGAGUCGUAUUUCCUGAUCAGCGAAUCUUCCUCCGAUAACAAUCGACGGUCCGUGGCCACCGUUAUAGCGCACGAGCUUGCCCACCAGUUUUUCGGGAAUCUGAUGGCGCCCAAGUGGUGGUCUUACCUUUGGCUGAACGAAGGUUUCGCCACUCUCUAUGAGUACUAUCUGGCGGAUCGGACGCACCCUGAACUGUUGAUCAAGCAACGAUUCACCAGUGGAGCACUGCAAACAGCGCUUCAGUCGGACGGCAGCGCAACGAUUCGACCGAUGACUCAUUACGUGGAGACUGUUCCGGAAAUUGAUCGUCUGUUUGAUCGAAUUGCUUAUGAAAAAUCAGGAAGCGUGCUAAGAAUGAUGCAUUAUGCACUAGGGGAACAGACUUUUGUAAAAGGCUUGAAGGAUUAUAUUAAACGCAAUCAAAACUCAAUUGUUGUACCCCAGAAUUUGUCCGAUAGUCUUCAAAAGUCGGCUUCAGAGGAUCAGGUACUACCAACGGGUGCAACAAUGACCCUUAUCAUGGAAUCAUGGGCAAACCAGGCAGGUGCACCUGUGGUAACGGUUAGCCGGCCGAAUGCAGAGGCCGAUGAUGUAGUUUUCGAACAGAAACGGUUCUUCUCAACCACUCAAUCGACUGAGAACAAUCAAACCUGGUGGAUUCCUAUUUUCAUGUAUAGUAAUAGUAGUGGUGGAUCUUAUGAAACGUCUCCGUUGUUUUGGAUACCUCAAGGAACAAAUCAAGUGACACGCAAGAUCCCUGUUCAAGAAGAUGACGUCUUUCUGAUUAACCCAGCUCAGACAGGAUAUUACCGAGUUAAUUAUGAUCAGCAAAUGUGGAAGGACAUAAUCGGAACGCUGAAAUCAAAUCUAACAGCAAUCGAUCCAAUAACCAGGGGCCAACUAAUCGACGACUCCAUGAAUCUGGCCAACGCUGGACUCCUGGAUCACAACACAGCCUUCGAAAUCAUGGACCACCUCCGCAACAGUACGGACUAUUACUCAUGGAAAUCCGCCCACAGAAACAUCCUCGACCUGGAGAAAAUGCUCACCGUUGAUCCGGAAGCUCUCAGUUUAUUCCGGAAGUAUCUACUGGAGCUAACUAAUGACCUUUACGCGGAAUACGGCACAGAUAAGCGCACAUACAGCCACACCAACGAUCACGACACGCAAUUGAUCGCGAUUGACCUCACCUGCCGCAUCGGGCAACAGGGCUGUCUGGAUCAGGCCGCCAACAAGUUGAACAUUCUGCAGCAGAGAUCGACGCUGAACAUACGUUCCGAGGCAGAACAAAAGUUGUAUUGCUACGCCCUGCGAACGGCUAAACAGUUCGAUGUGAACAAGUUCACCGAAGCUCUUGAAACGGAAGAAGAUUCGCGAGGCCGAAGCUAUCUCAUGGAAUCGCUGGCUUGCGUCGGUACGCGCGAGGGGCUGGAACGCGUGCUGGAGGUACUAAUGAGGCAGAAUCAAAAUGUAAAUCGUUUCCUGGAGAUCGUCGCGGAGCAAGGAGAAAGUGGUUUUGUUAUGGUCGUAGAUUUUCUGACUCGGGAGAAAGAAAAUCUUGAUGAAGUAUUUGGCAAUCAACGAAGCAUAGAGAAACUCUUGAGCAAAAUGGUUACUCGAAUCGUUGAUAAGGAAAAUGCCGAGAGAUUCCGUCAGCUGAUGAAAGUGUUGCCAGUCUCUGCCGACUUCGAAAUCAACAUCGACAACCAAUUGGACGAGCAGAUUCGUUGGCAGGAGCUUAAUUUGCCACUGGUUAGAAAAACCCUUCAGCAGUAUGCUUGAUAUGCUUCCGAUAUUGAAUAAAGCGCAGGAAAAUAAAGCCAUCCGACACUUUGCAGGGUCAUUUGCGUCCAGCAAAAAUCGA